AGCGAGAGAGGAAGAAAAAUGGCGACCAGAGGCGACCCGGAGCGGGACGCCGGCCGUUCGCUUUGAGCUUUCUCCCGCUAACGGAGCCCGGGGCCGAGUGGUGUCGCUUCCCGGCGCGUCUGCGGACGCUCGUCUUUGCCGCGGUACCCGUUUUCCCCGGGUUUUCGUGGGCCAGUUGCGCGCGAGAACCGAAAUUGGAAAUAAUACAUUUGUAUGUAUAUAAUGAGGGGCAGACGAGGCAGGCCGCCCAAACAGGCGCUGGUGCAGGAGGCUUCUCCCGGGCCGGUGCGCGGCUUGAGACCGCGGCGGGGGCUGCGAGCCAGGGGCAGGGGCACGGUCGAGGCCGAUUUUAUCACCCCCGGCAGGGGCAAUUACCAUUCGGCCCGGGGCAGGAGGAAACCGGGGACGAGCGCGACGGCGGGCAGGGGAAGAGGCAGCUGCAGCAGAGUCGGCGGCCGGGGCAGGGGGAGGCGCGCCAGCAGCAGGGUGGUCUACGACGACCACGAGAGCGACGAGGAGGAGGACGCGGACGCGGUGAGCCUGCGCUCGGACGAGGAGCUCGUUCCCGAGGAGCCGUUUUCGGACGACAACGACGACGAGGCCCUGGACGAGGAGUCCGACUACCAGGAGGAGGCGCCGGACGAGGACGACGCCAGCUACUGCACGGAGAGCAGCUUUCGCAGCCACAGCACGUACGGCAGCACUCCAGGCCGGAGGAGAACACGUGUGCACCGUCCUCGUUCGCCCAUCUUUGAGGAGAAGGAGAUCCCAUCCCUUGAACUGCCAAAAAGUUCUGAGGACCUCAUGGUCCCCAGUGAGCAGCUUCUGAAUGUGGCUGCGAUCUACGAGGUGCUCCGCAACUUCGGCACUGUGCUGCGCCUCUCGCCCUUUCGCUUCGAAGACUUCUGUGCAGCACUGGUGGGCCAGGAGCAGUGUACGCUGAUGGCCGAGACGCACAUCUCUCUGCUCAAGGCCAUCCUGCGUGAGGAGGAUACCUCCAACACCACCUUUGGUCCAGCCGAUCUGAAAGACAGUGUAAACUCAACGCUUUAUUUCAUUGAUGGUAUGACGUGGCCUGAGGUGGUGCGUGUGUACUGUGAAAGUGACCAAGAGUACCGCCACGUUCUGCCCUACCUGGAGGGUGAGGAUUACCCAUUUGGGCCACUGGAGUCCAAGAUCAAGGUGUUGCAGUUCCUUGUGGACCAGUUCCUCACCACCAAUAUUGCACGUGAGGAACUCAUGUCUGAGGGUGUAGUGCAGUACGAUGAUCACUGCCGUGUGUGCCACAAGCUGGGCGACCUCCUGUGCUGCGAGACAUGCUCAGCUGUCUACCAUCUGGAGUGCGUGCGGCCACCGUUGGAGGAGGUACCCGAGGAUGAGUGGCAGUGCGAGGUCUGCGUAGCCCACAAAGUUCCUGGCGUCAUGGACUCUGUGACGGAGAGCCAGAAGACCCGGCCCUACAUUCGCCAGGAGCCCGUCGGCUUUGACCGUCACAGGCGCAAAUACUGGUUCCUCAACAGGAGGAUUAUAGUCGAGGAGGACGGUGAACAUGAGAACAAGACCAUAUGGUACUACAGCACAAAGGUGCAGCUGGCUGAGCUGAUCGACUGCCUCGAUAAGGAGUACUGGGAGAGAGACCUCUACGAGGCCCUGGAGGAGAUUCGGGAGGAGGUGCAUGCCCACAUGGAUAUCACCGAGGAGCUGACCAGCAAGGCCUGUGGCAACAACAAGUGCUUCCUGACAGCAGCCAAUGAGGAGAUCUUGGAGCGCAUGAAGGCCAAGCAGGACGCUGAGCUGGAGGAGGUGAAGCGAAAAGCAGCAGAGGAGGCUGAAAGAAUGAGGCUGGAGUCUGGGAUCUGCGCUGCUCUGCAGCCCGACAGGACAGAGGAAGGAUCCACCAUGGACAAGUCUCCGCAGCAGGACACUGAGCAGAAGUCCUCCAAGGGUCAGACAAUCACAGAAGAGGUCCCAGUUGCUGCAGAGGCGCACCCUGCUGGAGAGGAAAGCAACAGCUCAGUAGGGCUGAAGCGUGAGUCGCCAGCCUCGGACAGCGGUCCCCCUUUGACCGAGCGACCAAACCCUGCCGGAGGGGCCCGGGUCUGCUCCCCGGCACCUGCCGAUUCCGGUGAGGAGGGGUGGGCCAGUUGCAAGGCCAUACAGGAGCCGGCAGGCAAGAUCUCAGAUGCGGGGUCCCACAGCGAAGGUGGUCCUCCUACUUUCGGCCAACCAGUACAGGCUGGUGAGGAGAACAGCAGCAACCAGACAUCUUCCUCAGAGGCCCUCAAGGGCCCAGAGGAAAUUGAAACGGCAGAGAAGUCUUCCAUCACUAGCCAUGAUGAUGCAGGUGAUGGUAAGGAGAAGGCAAGCAGUGAGACCGUGGGCACACCUCGAGGGGCAUCGGCAGCCACACGCAUGGUGACGCGCUUGCGCAAUCCUGACAGCAAAUUGAGCCAGUUGAAGAGCCAGCAAGUGGCCGCUGCAGCACAUGAGGCUAACAAGGGUUUCAAAGAGGGCAAGGAGGUUCUUGUGGUGAAUAAUCAGGGAGACAUUUCUCGCUUGAGUACCAAGAAGGAGGUGGUAAUGAAGGGAAACCUCAGCAACUACUUCAAGCUGGGACAGGAGGGCAAGUACCGUGUCUUCCACAACCAAUACAGCACCAACACACUGGCACUCAACAAGCACCAGCAUCGCGAGGACCAUGACAAGCGCCGACACCUCUCCCACAAGUUCUGCAUGACACCCGCGGGUGACUUCAAGUGGAAUGGCUCUGUUCAUGGCUCCAAGGUCCUCACCAUCUCCACACUAAGGCUCACCAUCAUCCAGCUGGAGAACAACAUUCCUGCACCCUUUCUUCACCCCAACUGGGCCUCUCACAGGUCAAACUGGAUCAAAGCUGUUCAGAUGUGCAGCAAAGCACGGGAGUUUGCCCUGGCCUUAGCCAUCCUGGAGUGUGCUAUCAAGCCUGUUGCCAUGCUACCUGUGUGGAAAGAUUCUCUUGGACACACAAGGUUACAUCGAAUGACCUCCAUUGAGCGGGAGGAGAAAGAAAAGGUGAAAAAGAGGGAGCGAAAGCUAGAGGAGGAGGAGACCAUGCAACAAGCCACCUGGGUGAAGUACCCCAUUCCCAUCAAACACCAGGUAUGGAAACAGAAAGGUGAGGAGUACAGGGUGACUGGUUAUGGUGGCUGGAGCUGGGUCGGUAAAACCCAUAUCCAGCGCUUUGUUCCCAGACUGCCAGGAAACACAAAUGUCAACUACCGGAAAGACUUGGAAGCUGCUAAAUAUGGCAAGAAAACUUCACCUUUGAACAUGGACAAAAAGAAAAGCACUGAAAAAAAAAAUAUGGAAACUCAGGAAAAACAAAGUGUGGGAGAGUUGUCUAAGUCUUUAAAAGAGAAAAUACAGGAUCUUAUAGGUGAACCUUGUAAGACUAUUUCACCAGCAAAUGAAAGAACAGAGCAAGAGGGGAGGACUAGGGAUGUGGGAGAAGAAAAAGUGGCAGUGAUGAUGGAGAAUAAGACAAAGGACAUGGACAUCAAGCCAGUGGAGACUAAUAAGGAAGAGGGGAUUGAAAAAAUGAUCACGGAACCCAUUCUAUCAGACUCAGGGCACAGUGAAGAAAAAGGGAAAACUGAAAACUCCGAGCCUGUAACCUUGGAACACAAGAUGAAGGAGCCCAAAGGAGGAUUUGUAGCAAAGAACGAGGUGCAGGUAGAGUCUGUGGAGAGACCCUUCUAUUAUGAUGUUGUAAACGUUAGUGAGGGCUUCCUACUGCGUACAGUGUACAAGAAGAAGGUGAAGGCCUCCAAGCUGGAUGGGCUACUGGAGCGCCGAGUUAAACAGUUUGCUCUGGAGGAGAAACAGAGGCUGGAGCGACUGAAGCAGUCAUCCCUCUCCAAGUCGACUGGAAAGGGUGUUGCUACCCACUAUCCUGCUCUGAAGGUAAAAAUUGAGGGCAAAUCUGCAAUAGCCAUUGCUGCAGUUCCUCAGGGUAUCAUGGUAGACAAAGAUCAGGAGAAAUUUGACCUUUCGAAGCCCAAGGAUGUCUAUGCUCCCUCGAAUGCUCUGCCCAAGGGGCCCGAAGGAAGCGGAUUGCAACUCGUUGCAAACUCCAGAUUAGAAAUCAAAAGUUCCUGGGAAAAGGAAGAAGUGUCUGUGGAACCUGUUCUAAAGCAGGGCAGCAACCAGCAUUCCACAAUCAGCGAUGUGACACAUGGAGUUCGCCUUGAGCCGAAGCAGCUCGUAAACAAGUUCCAGUGUGGACAGGAGACCAAUGAUCACAAUGUAACAUUGGACUCAACAUGCAAAGACCACACCAUCAGUGUACAGGCCACGCACGAGGGCACUGAAGACAAGGAGUACCCAGUAACCAAACCUGAAAGCACCACGGCUAUCUUUUCCAGCCAUGAUAGUAGUAAACAGCUAAAUCUCGGGAACAGUGUCGCGCUGUCCAAAUUGUCAGAACCUUCCUCAGUCCCAGUUGCCCCCCAAAACAGUGACUCCCAGGAGGUGAAACACUCAGUUGUGCUGGACAUGAAUAAACAGAAUUCAAACUCUCUAAAUGAAAAAACGGGAGUAAUGAGAGAUCUUCAUCAGUCAGAGCUGUACGGGCCUGAAGAGGCAGACAAAGCUGGCCCUCUAGACAGAAGUUCAGAACCAAAAGUAAGUGAAAGUCGUGAAGGUUGUGAUUUGGAUGAAAAGAUCAAUACAGAGCGCUCGUGUGAUGAUGAUAACCAGAAUGACAAGACUGCUGAAGAAAAAAAAAUAUUUUUUCCACCAACUCAUAUGAAUGGAAAGGAUACCACAGAAAAUAGUCUUAACUUGCAUUGCCAAGAUGAAGCUCGCUCAAAGUUGACCAACAAUGUUGAGGUGAAAGUGAACAACCUCACUAAGAUCAGUAGUGAAGGAGACCUCAAAGUUCUGCCAUUGAAGGAUUCACUGAAGCCUUUUCUGAAUGGCAGUUUUGCCUCAGAGGGACAGAAGGGGAAGGAGGAUUACACUGCGCUAACAUCUCUGCCAUCUAGCCCAUCUGUGGUGAUUGAUAGAGAAAAACUCGGUGUGGAAAGUUCUGACCAUCUUCCCCCUCCAAAGGUGCCUAGACUAGACAAUAGUGUUGAGACUGUUGAUUCCACCGUGAUGUCGCCUCCUUCUGUGUUGGGUUGUAUCACCUCAGGAGAAUUACAGAGACCAGAUGAGCAUAACAGUGCUGAGGCAGAGGCCACCAUGCCCAAGAAAAUGGUCCCCUCCCCAGUUCCAUCUGCAGAGGAGUCCAGCCUUAGCAGCGACUUUGCAGAAGACAAUAGCGGAGGCUCAUCAGAAGCGAAAGCAGACGCUAUCAAGACCGUCAUCACAGAGGUGACCACCACGACUACCACCACUGUGUCCACCGAGUCUAAGACUGUGCAGAUUGCUGAAAUCUCCAGCACGCAUAACAGCAAUCCCACAGUUGUGUCUAAAGCAGAAAACUCCACGAUAUCCACCCUCACCACCAUGACCAAAACCACAGUGACCAAAGUAAGCUCACCUGCACAGGCUGGCCAGACAAAUGUCAUGUCUGUGACCGAGGAGAGCAAGACCACAGUGGCCACCACACUGACCGAUUCAGCCUCUGGCCCUGCCGGCUCCUCUGUCAGCACCAUGACUAUCAGUAACGAAUACUCCACCAGGGAUAAGGUCAAACUUCUUAAAUUUUCCCGUACCAAGAAGACACGGUCAGGCACUGCCCUCCCAUCUUAUCGCAAAUUUGUCACCAAGAGCAGUAAAAAGAGCAUAUUUGUUCUUCCCAAUGAUGACCUGAAGAAGUUGGCGAGACGAGGAGCCAUCCAGGAAGUGCCCGUUUUCAGCUAUAGUGCCAAGCCAGCCCUGGACAUCUGGCCCUACCCUUCCCCUCGACCAACAUUUGGCAUUACAUGGAGGUACCGACUCCAGACAGUGAAGUCCUUAGCAGGUGUGAGCCUGAUGCUCCGGCUGCUGUGGGCCUGUCUCAGGUGGGACGAUAUGGCAGUGAAGCCCUCAUCUGCAGGCGGGACUACCCGCACAGAAACUUCAGAGACUGAGAUAACUACAACAGAGAUCAUCAAACGCAGAGACGUAGGACCAUAUGGAAUUAGAUCUGAGUACUGUAUUAGGAAGAUCACUUGCCCCAUCGGUGUUCCAGAAACACCUAAAGAAAUGCCCACACCCCAGAGAAAAGGCCUGAGGUCCAGUGCCCUGAGACCCAAGAAACCAGAGACGCCAAAGCAGACAGGGCCAGUGGUGAUCGAGACAUGGGUACCGGAGGAGGAGCUUGAACUGUGGGAAAUCAGGGCUUUCUCUGAGAGGGUUGAAAAGGAGAAGGCGCAGGCUGCAGAGCAGGCAAAGAAACGCCUGGAUCAGCAGAAGCUGGGCAUUGGCACAGCCAUCACAUCCACACCAACCAGUAACGCUGCUACACCUGCCAGCACCCCGCAGAAGCUAAUGGUAGGCUCCUUGACAGGCCAGAUCACCCCUGGAGCAACUAAAGUAGUGCUUACUACAAAGAUGGGCUCCCCCACAGUGACAUUCCAGCAGAACAAGAACUUCCAGCAAACGUUUGCCUCAUGGGUCAAACAGGGCCAGAGCAGCUCAGCCUCCACCAACUCCAUCUCCACUGCAGCCACCAGCAGCACAACAUCUGGCCAAACCUUCCAGAUCACCAGCAGCCCGGUGUCCAUGGCUGGCAAAGUGAUCACUGCCAAGCUGCCGCUCCCUGCCAACAGCAAGAUUGUCACAGUGAACGUGCCGGCUACACAAGGAGGUGUAGUGCAAGUACCACAGAAGGUAUUGGGCAUCAUUCCUUCCAGCACAGCAGGCAACCAACAAACCUUCACUUCAUUCCAGCCCCGGACUGCCACUAUCAACAUUCGUCCCAACACACCAGGGGGUUCUCCUCCUUCACAGCAGGUAAUCACAACGGGAGCUCAGAUCCGACCUGGAAUGACAGUGAUUCGUACACCCCUGCAGCAGGCUGGAGCACUGGGCAAGACAAUCCUGAGAGCUCCACUGGUGGUGCAACAAGGUAUCCUCCAAACCAGUCAGACACAGCAAGUAGUGACGCAGAUCAUCCGUGGGCAGCCGGUGUCUACUGCCAUGUCCAGCCCCAGCUCCCUGCAGAAUGUUGGCAGCCAGCAGGUUGUGACCACACCCAUGACCACUCCCACCCCACAGACACCCCCAGGUCCCAGACCACAGCAGGGCCAAGUCAAACUCACUUUAGCACAGCUCACCCAACUUACCCAGGGAGCACAGAAGCAGCAAGGUACAGCUAUGGAGAGGCAGCAGCAGGGAGGCAACCAGGGCCUGACGGUGGUUAUCCAGGGCCAAGGUCAAACCACAGGGCAGCUCCAGGUCAUACCCCAGGGUGUGACGGUUAUACCAGGCCCUGGGCAGCAGCUAAUGCAGGCAUCCCUGCCUAAUGGCCAGGUCCAGCGCUUCCUUUUCACCCCCAUGCCCUCACCGGCAUCAUCUGGAAACACAGCAGUCACAGCUGUCACAGCUACCACCACCAUGCCUUCCAUACCAGCAGGUCCAGUGGAACAGAGAGCAAUUAUGGCCCAGCCACAGACCCCAACCCAGCCCCCUGUCAUAGCCCAACCUGCACCCCAGUCCAUGUCACAGGUCCAGCCCCAGACCCAACCACAGGUUCAGAUCCAAACUCCAGCCUCUACCCAAGCCCAAGCCCCAGUGCAGCCAGCCCAGCAGGCAAUCACCCCUGUCCAAGCCAGCACUCCAGCCCUUGGCAUUCCUAGUGCCACUCCACAGGCUCAUCUCACCCCACAAACUCAGGCCCCUGUACCAACUCAGGCCCCACUGCCCACCCAGCCCUCCACCUCUGUGGCCAUCAAGUCUCUCUCGGCGCUUCCUGCCACCAGCCAGGCAGCCAUGAAGCAGGUUGCCCAGGCCCGGCCUCAGAUUCAGCUACACCAGCCCCAGCUGAUUGCGGUGCCUCAGCUACAGCAGCAGGUGCUCUCCCAGAUUCAGUCUCAAGUUGCCGCCCAGAUCCAGGCCCAGCAGGGCAGUGUGCCCCAGCAGAUCAAGCUGCAGCUGCCUAUCCAGAUUCAGCAAGGGGGCCAGGUACAGGCACACCAGAUACAGAACGUGGUGACUAUACAGGCAGCUAGCGUACAAGAGCAGCUACAGAGAAUCCAGCAGCUCCGUGAGCAGCAACAACAGAAGAAGAAGCUACAGCAGGAAGCCAAGCGUGAGCAGACCCUGCAGGCCACCAGCCAGAGUGACAUCAUCCAGAAACAAGUGGUCAUGAAGCAAAAUGCUGUGAUUGAGCACCUGAAGCAAAAGAAGACUCUUUCUCCAGCUGAGCGGGAGGAGAACCAGAGGAUGAUCGUAUGUAACCAGGUGAUGAAGUUCAUUCUGGACAAGAUUGACAAAGAUGAAAGGCAGGCAGCCAAGAAGCGAAAACGGGAGGAAUCGGUGGAGCAGAAGCGCUGCAAGCAGAAUGCCACCAAGCUAUCAGCUCUGCUCUUCAAGCACAAAGAACAGCUAAAGGCUGAGAUCCUCAAGAAGCGAGCCCUCUUGGACAAGGAGCUCCAGCUAGAGGUUCAGGAAGAACUAAGGAAGGACCUAAGCAAGCUAAGGAGAGAGAAGGAGAAGGCACAGGCAGCUGCCUCCCAGGCUGCCGCCGCAGCUGCUGCUGCAGCUACAGCUGCUGCCGCUCUCACUUCCAUGGUAACCUCUCCUUCAACUCACAAGCGCAAACGCGACGAUGACAAGGACAACACCUCAACUAAGCCGAAGAAAAAGAAGAUGAUCUCUACUACCUCAAAGGAUGCCAAGAAGGACACAAAGUUGUACUGCAUCUGCAAGACUCCCUACGAUGAGUCAAAGUUCUACAUCGGUUGUGACCUUUGCACUAACUGGUACCAUGGUGAGUGUGUGGGCAUCACAGAGAAGGAGGCCAAGAAGAUGGACGACUACAUCUGCAAUGAGUGUAAGCGGGCACAGGAGGGCAACACGGAGGAGCUGUACUGCAUCUGCCGGACGCCGUAUGAUGAAGCACAGUUCUACAUCGGCUGCGACCGGUGCCAGAACUGGUACCACGGACGCUGCGUGGGCAUCCUGCAGAGCGAGGCGAACCACAUCGACGAGUACGUGUGCCCGCAGUGCCAGUCCACGGAGGAUGCUAUGACUGUGCUGACACCACUCACGGACAAGGACUACGAAGGGUUAAGAAGAAUCCUCCGUUCCUUGCAGGCACACAAAAUGGCCUGGCCGUUCUUAGAACCAGUGGAUCCCAACGAUGCCCCAGAUUACUAUGGUGUUAUUAAGGAACCUAUGGACCUAUCUACAAUGGAGAACAGGGUGCAGAAACGGUAUUACAUCAAGCUAACGGAGUUUGUGGCAGACAUGACCAAAAUAUUUGACAACUGCCGCUAUUACAACCCCAGCGAUUCGCCCUUCUACCAGUGUGCAGAGGUCCUCGAGUCCUUCUUUGUACAGAAGCUCAAAGCUUUCAAAGCAAGCAGAUUGUGAUGUCGUCUCAUAACAACAAACUGCAGUCUACAGCUUCUUAAAACUCACGUCUCUUUGGUCUAACCUUAAAAAAAAAAAAGAAAAAGAAAAAAAAAGGUGGGGGGGCAAGAAUCUGGUUGUUUCUGAACAUUAGUGUCCACGGUGGAUCCAGGCUACACGUGCCGCUUGGAUGCUCUCCACAUCCCUGUUCCGGCCGGGUCCCCAGCAAAAGGAAGCUUCCCCCUAAAACCAGCAUACCCUCCCAGAAGCACCACACUCCCCUCCCUACCCACUGCCCUGGAGGACCGCGUCUCACUGAGCAGCCUCUGAAGAUGGGAGAGACUGGCGAGAGAGCGAGGCCAAAAGGUUUAGCUGUGGAUGGUCGCAAAUAAAACAGACUGAGAGACCUUAUCUGUGCAGGUUCACCACCAGUCAUAUUCAAGAGGGAAUUUCAGACCAUUUUACUUUUUUGUUCUUUUUUUCAAAUCGGCAGUGAAGUUGAAAGAAUGAGGAAACACUCCACAGUCUGGAGCGGCCAGUUUUGGUGCCUGAAGGCAAGAUCUGAGAACUAAGCAACUCUGCUGCUGGUUUCAGUAUAUGUCUGUCAUCCCAUUUGUCACAGCUUUUUUUUUUUUUUUUUUUUUUUGGGGGGGGGCGCUUAAAUUUUAAGCCCAUGAACUUCAUAUUUUUUUUUUAUCUCUUCUCAUAAUUCCUGUAAUUGACAAGGUUUGAGUAAUAUUCACACCUUUUGAAAUUUUUGAAUUUACCCAGUCCUUCAAGUAGCAUCUUGGAACUGAAUGUUUUGUAAUACAGACAGCGGCACUAAAGAGAAAGAUUAUACAUUUCUAUAAAAUAAAUGACAGACUUUAAAAAGAACGAUGUGUAUUUGAAGCUAUCCUGUUUGUAAAACUUUUCAGAUUUUUUUUUUUUUUUGUAUUCCAACUCACAAAACAUUGAUGUAUAUGAAACAUAAUAAAUAGAGAAGACCACAGUGUCUCCAAAUGUUCUUAAUUGAAGGCAUUCAUCCAAGAAAACCAUGAACACUUUCCUUGGUCUUUCCCAAAGAAACAGGGCCUGCAGGAAAGGAUUUACACCAUAAAGGGCAUACUCUACUUAAAUGUAAUUUCAUUUCAGAUAUGGAGCAGGAUGCAGAGCAGGCUAGAGCUUUUCUAUAUGAAGUUCAUAAUACAAAUGAUUCCAUAAAGCAGGUCUAAUACAUGAGAACUACAGGGAACUGUUCUGUGAGUAUGUGCCUCUAGCACAUGACAUAAAUUAUUGGUUUUUGGAACAUUAAAAAAUGUAUGGGAUUUUAUCGUCUUUUGACAAGUUUAAAGCAAUUUUAAAAUCUUAAAGGCUGUAUUUAGGAGAAUUCGGUGACCUCUUUCCAAAGUUCUAAAGUAUUAAGCGGAGCUGUAAGACUCUCGUUUCUGUGGUCAUCUUAGAAAUAACAGACCAGUGUGGUGAUGGACCAUCUUUUGGUACAAGAUGUCUCCUUGUUCAUUGGUGCAGUGGGGGGGUUUCUGUGAAUUUCACCAUGCAGAUGACCAAUGCAAUGAAUUUUUUUUUUGGUUCUCGAAUGCUUGUCUGACCUGUUGUAGCACAGCUUUUUAAUGUAAAUGAGAUUUUGCAUUUAGGUGAAAUUGCCCUUUAUGUCAACAAUGCUGCAUAUUGUAUGCGUAAUGAUGGGGGGGGUGUACAGAUUCUUUAACAAGUUAUGUAAAGGAAAACAACUGCACAUCUCAUUACAUCACAAUAUCUGUAUUAUUUAUUCAUAUCUAUGGAAUUUAAUUCAUUUUGACAGAUGUUUAAAAAAUAAUUGGAGGAAAAAACACUUUCCUACCAGUAGGGAAUAGAUGCUCUCUAUGUUUUUAACAGAUUGUGGCAACUCUAAAGAGAUUCUUUUUUUGUACCUGAUAGGACAUUUCAUCCUAGAUAAUAAAGUAAUGUUUUUGACAUCAACUUUGCAGAGCAGUCUUCAGUGCCCAUUCUUCUGGUUUACACACGUGCUUUGUGAUUCUUCUGUUCGGUUCCAUUCCUAUGGUUUUACUGUCUGUUACACUUGCUGCACAGUCAUGUUCCCAUGUCAUUAUGUUCUAUCAAAGGUCAUGUAGUAACAAAACAGAUACAAACAUGCAUUUAAACUCCACACUCUUCAAUGUUCAGUUUUUAUUGCUUGAUUUCACUGCACCAGUCAGUGUCUUCUAUAGGCUUUUGUGUUACACAAGUUCUUUUGAGUCUGUAAAAACUCUUGUCACUGUAUUAGAAUGACCCAAACUAGCAAUUCAUAUGUUAGCAUUGUGUUUCUAAAUUUCAUGGACUGUCCUGGAAAAUGUCAGAUUUGAAGAAUUUAUACUGAGACUGAGUGGUGCUUUACUCUGCCAUCUACUCAUGGGGGCCGCAGGAACAGCAGCGAUGGUGCCGACAGUUUCCUCGUGGCCGAAGGAAGAAGCCUAUUGCAACGAUUGGCUCUCACAGAGCAGAUGCCGCUGCGCUCAAUUUUCAGAACAUGGAUUUUGACUUUGAGCUCUACCCUCAUUUCAUUCAGGACCAUAUCCAGACCACUUACUGUGUCUUGCAUUCCAACAGGUAGUUACGGCAUUAACCGGCGGUGUCUUCGGGGCACGUGGACAAGGACAAAAUGGGCUGGAGCUGCUCGCCGGAGAGGCACCCGCUCAUGUUACGCUCCUUCACUUUGACAUGCAAAGUAAAACUGCAAGACUCGGAACUCCACGUGAGCCAAGUGUGAAGCAGAUGACAUCGUUCUGUCCCCUGUUUGGGACUAGCGGCUCUAAAACGUUUUAUCCUGUCACACAGGAAGAAUCUCGCCCAGUGGCUUCCUCGCACCCCACCAUGAAGAAUGCUCUGGUGUUCCAGUGCUGACGGAAGCCGAGAUGCAGAGAGCCCUCAUUUCCUGCCAGCCUUGGUUGCCUCCAGCUCUGAUCCCAGAUACGCUCAAAGUCUGGGAAGUCGUCGUCGUCGUCGUCCUCCUGGGCGUGUAAUGGUUUCUCCUGCUGCUGACAUCAUGACUGCUUGUGUUUAUCGCCCAUGGCAUCUAUAGGGUCUGUUGGCCACCAGGCACCCUUGAGCCACACAACUGUGAGCUUUUCCAGCAUUUCCUUUUGCAGGACUUGCUUCCGUGAUCAUUUAUUAAAUGUUAUUCGUUUAAAAAUCCUUUCCCCAACACCUCCCCAGGAAAACAACAAAUUCAGUGACGGCGCGCAGACAUUUAGUCGAGGAAAAAGAAGAGCGCGCUUCAAUGGCAUAGGCCUGAACGCACGCACUAUGGAACUUCUCCAUAAAUCCUCACCUCUGAGACCAAGGUAUGGGACAUCUGUGAUUAAAGACUUUCCUCUGGAGGAGGCGAAACACAGGCCUUCUCACUCUUUCCUGCUGCUUGCAUAACCCACUAACCUUUUCCCCCCUUUUUUUCCCUUUCCUACCUCCGUCCAGUCUACCCACACCGCCAUGGGGAGUCUGCCCGGGCACGAGCACACGGGUGCAAGGUGGUAGCCCCCACGUGCUCAGCCGCCCGUCCCCAGCUAGGUGGUCAGGUAUAGCCAGGGAUCAUAUUCCCACGAUUAGCCUCUAGCACACAAACCCCCUUAAUACAGCCGCGCCUGUUUGAACUGAACUUCAACCACCAACUUUUCGUCACACGCAUGUAAUUAAAGUUAAGAAAACAACUGUGUGUAAGUGUAACCUUUUGGUUACUACCUUUUUUCUGCUUUUUCUGAGGUUGUUUUGCUUUUGCAGCCUUUCCACCUUCCCCAUAACGCACACACACACACUCACUCGCACACACUCGCACACAAGCUUUCUUUUUGGAUAACAGUGCAUUUCCUGAAUCCCGAUAAGAAGCCAGAAAGUGAGAGAGCGCAGAAGCCACAGUGUGUACACUUGGGCAUAAAAGCACUUUCUGUUCUGACAGCCAGUCAAUGACUCAGAGACUCCCUGGGUUCGCUCUGACUUUCCAUCCACACAGGCGCUCUCUUGUGCUGCGGUUCCCUCAUGCAGGUCCGCAGGAAGCCAUGCGACUGGACAAGCACGUAUUUGCUGCCAGGAGCACUGCAAUGAUAACGCAUCCUGCUUCCCACAGACGGUUCAACAGAAUUCGCUCUAAGGCACUUUUGUGAGUCUGGAUUUAUGACUUCCAGUGUCCAUCUUGGAUCAAUUAAAUGCAUUUAAACACUGUGGAUUUCCUGGAUUUCCCUUAACCUCUGUCUUGUCUAGUAAAUCAAAAGACUCUAUAAAAUUGUCGGUCCUCGACACGAUUCGAGGCCUGUCCAGAGAAGUGGCCGACCGGGGUCCGCAGGCCCGCUUUUUUAACAUUUAGAAAUCAGGCUGGGGAGAGCGAAGGGGGCUGAAGAGCUGCACAUGAUUGUUUGGUUCUCUUUGUGUGAUAUUCGGUGAAGGCUAAGCCGCGUGCUUUCUGUAGUCCUCGCAGUCUUUCUCCUGGAGCUACUUAAAGGGGCACGAAAAGGCUUUUGAACCCCUUGGAAUGACCUGUAUUUCUGCAUUAAUAACCCAUGCAAUGUCUUAGAGAGUCUGCUUAAACUAUUAUUGUGACUUGGAGAAAAAUGGAAGCAGACCACAUUUAC